AUGCCGAUCGCUGACGGCUACGCCGCCACCGCAAUGAUUCGUGCGUUAGAAGCCAGGACUUCAUCAAGAAAGUUGUCAAAAGAGAUCGAGCGCAAUUCUCGGGUUCCGAUUUUCGCUGUUUCUGCCACUCUCCUGGAGAGAGAGAGAUCCAGAUACAUUGAUGCCGGUUUUGAUGGCUGGGUUAUGAAGCCAAUCGAUUUCGCUCGACUGAAUGACAUGCUGCGUGGCCUCGAAGACUUCAAUGCCAGAAAGGCAAUCACGUACUCGCCUGGUAAAUGGGACAAAGGAGGAUGGUUUGGUUGCCAAUGA